CACCUAAAUAAACAAAAUAUUUACACUGGUUGUUGCUGCCUUACGGUGGAAUUUUCGAAAACGCGGGGUCCACUUGAAGUGCGACGUCAAAAUGACAAAUGUCGGGAUUACGUGGCCUCGCCUUUGACCAAGGAAGAACUGGCAGCUGGCGAGGUCUCAGAUGCCCCCCAAUUAUCUACCGGUAACAUGAUAUGUGGUGGCAACGCUCCUCUCAUGUCACUCGCUUGUUCAUCACCAAAUGGUCCAAUGUUGUCCAACUCUUCGCAUAGCCCCGGAAUCACAGAAUUAGCCGCUCAGUUGACAAUGUUGGCUCAACAGUCCGGUUUGAUCCUAACUCCGGCUGUUGCAGCAGCCACAGCAAGUUUUAUGGCCCUUACAUCUCAAGGCGCUAGUGGAUCAACGGGCAUGUCUUCUUCCCCUCCCGGACUGAUUCUAGGCAGUGCUGCUUUGGGUAAUCCUCCAUCUGCUCUGGUUUCUUCGCAGUCACAGUUUACACCGGCUCCAACACUGCAACCGAAUUCGGGAAUGGGACCGCCAUCCACUUCAGUCUUGAUAGUAUCCAAUCUCCAUGAAGAACCCUUGUGGGGCAAAAAUCUGAAGGUUGCUCUCUCAAAGUUCAAUGUUGUACAAAUGCCGAACGAAGGGACAGAUGUCGGGCUGACAAAAGACUACUCUCGCAGCCCUCUUCAUCGCUUCCGGAAACCAAACUCGAAAAACUUUUUGAACAUAUGUGCCCCGAACCACGUUCUUCAUUUGAGCAACAUACCACCAAACAGCACAGAAGACGAAAUCCGAAAGCUGUUUCUAUCGAAAGGUUAUGAGGUGUCCGGUUUCAAAUUCAUGCUCAAAGAGAAAAAGAUGGCACUUGUCCAAUUGGCCAAUGUGGAUGUGGCAAUGCAAGCACUUAUUGAGGACGCAGACUAA